UAAUCAAGCAAACGAUUAACAACCCAAGAUUCUCCCACUGGUUACUGCACCUAAUCUGUUUGCUCAUUCUUUUCAAUCAAAAUGGGCACAGAAAGCUCACAAGAACCUCUUCUUCUAUCUAGUAAAGAUGAUCAAAGCACCUUCACGUAUAUCAACCAAACAUCUUUUUUACUAAAAUCCACCAAAUGGGUUCUCAAAUUUGCAAUGUGGGUAAUCUUCAUCUGCUGGGCGAGUUUCAUCUUCUUAGUUCCAUCAGACUCCGUGCAACAUCUGUAUAAGAAAGUGGUUAAUGCUACUUCUGGAAGCCUAUUUGGGACCACAGGAAGCAUCUUUCUCAUAUACAGUGGUCCAGUGAUGAUUAUAGGGUUUCUUGCUAUAAUUUACCUCUGGGUAUCUGGGAAAGAAGAGAUCCAAGAGAAAAAGAAAAAAUCUGCAAGUUUUCGGUUAUGGACAUUCCCAGUUAUCAUAGAUGGACCUUUUGGGGUUGUCACUGCAGCCGAGUUGAUCGGGAUUAUGUUGUUUGCUGUUUAUAUUAUCUGGGCAGUUACAGUUUAUACCAUUAAGAACAUCAGUCUAUUGCCCCUGAUGGAGAUUACUGAUACAGGCAGAAGGUAUACUUUAACAGUUGAUCGGGAUUAUGUUGUUUGCUGUUUUUAUGUUGUUUAUUCUUUAACAGUUGGUUCUUUUUGAAUGCCUACCCUAUAAUUGGCAAUAUUUUUGUCCUACUAUACUUAAUAUAGUCGUUGUUAUCAUCGUUCAAUAUGGAGUGUUGGUGUAAAAAUACACCUCAACUCCGUUUCUGAUAUAUAAAGGAUACCCCUGAUCCUAAAAAAAAUAAAAAAUUAGGAUACCUUUAACUUUUGGGCUAGUUACUCCACUGAAUGAGAAUCAAUUGAAAUAUAACAGAUGAGGUAAUUACCUUUAAAGGGUUCAAAGAUGCUAUAUUUCCCUCAUUUUCAUGUAAUAAUCUUGUUUUAACCAAAAAAUGAAUCUUGAGUGUGCAUAUGAAGAUUUUUUGUUCUGAUAAUAUUUCCGGAGUUGCUGAAUUUAGUCAGAUAAUUUUUUUCUUUUUUUUUUUGUUAAUCGGUUGGAUCUAUGGGUCAGUGGGUAAAUGGGUCAUCCAUCAGCUAACGGGUCAUGAUGGAACCGGCCUGUCUAAGGUUACCGAGUUAGUUGGAGGAACUUUGAAAAAUGGAAAUUACUGGUUGCUGAAUAAAAGUUUGAUUGAAAUAUUAUUUUCAGCAUGUGCUUUCUAAAAAUAGGUUUGGUUUUAAGUUUUCAAAUUUCAACCAGUAAAGCUAUGGGUUCCAUAAGCAUUUUAUUUCACUUAUUUUUCUGCAUUGACAUCUUGUUCCUACAUACGAGAGUAAGUUUUGUGAGUGUGUUGAGUGGGGCCUCAACCAACAUCUGGUAUCAGAGCCUAGGGCUCGUGAGAAGGAGACACUGGUUUCGCUGCAGGGAAAAAGGAACUGGAUUUUGUUUUGAAGGGGCUGUGAGGUGUUCGAGUCGUUCAUAGUCAUGGUGAGAUGGGGAGUACUGUUUGAGACAACAGGGUGACUGGUGAUGAACUUAAGCGGUCCGUUGAUGGCUAUUUCGGGACUGCUUUGAAAGGAGGUUUCACUGUUCUCGAUCGGUUUGUUCGUGAUAAGAGUAGACUGGCGUACAUGUGUGAAAAGAGGGGAGAAAGGAUCCGUUAAGCAAGUGGUUUUGGGUUCGCUUCGUUAAGUAGUUCGUUAAGUAGUUGAAAGAAAAUGGUAAAAGCAGGUGGCUUUGUUUUCUUGGUAGGUGGAGGGGCCUCUUCGAACAAGCGUGGUUGGAAAAAAAGGGUAUGGUUGUUAAGGAAUCUUCUUCUGCUAGAGCUAACUGGACUGCGAUUCGGGUUCAUUGGAUUAAUUUGCAUGGCAUUUUUGUUUCUACCAGUUGCAAGGGGAUCGUUCCUCUUAAGACUCAUAGAUAUCCCUUUUGAGCAUGCAACUCGAUAUCAUGUCUGGUUGGGGCAUCUCACAAUGAUGCUCUUUACACUCCAUGGUUUGUUUUAUGUGAUCGCGUGGGCAAUCCAAGGUCGUCUGAUAGAGGAACUUACAGCUUGGAAAAAAAUUGGAAUUGCUAAUCUUCCAGGAGUAAUCAGUCUAGUGGCAGGCCUGUUCAUGUGGGUGACAUCUCUUCCACCAGUUAGAAGGCUAAACUUUGAGCUAUUCUUCUACACUCAUCAACUAUACGUCGUUUUUGUUGUCUUCUUGGCGAUGCACGUUGGCGAUUUCAUUUUCAGUAUUGCUGCUGCUGGAAUAUUCCUGUUUAUGCUCGAUCGGUUUCUUAGAUUCUUUCAGUCACGAAAAACUGUGGACAUAAUCUCCGCCAAAUGCCUUCCAUCCGGAACUGUGGAAUUAAUUAUUUCAAAACCAGAAGGUUUACAAUAUAAUGCCCUAGGAUGGGUUUUCAUUCAAAUUCGAGAAUUAUCAUGGUUGCAAUGGCAUCCGUUCAGUGUUUCAUCUAGUCCUCUAGAUGGCAAACACCAUCUUGCUGUUCUCAUUAAAGUCCUUGGAGACUGGACUGAGAAACUAAGGGGACGUAUCUCAAGUGUUCCCGAGGAGAAAGACGAGUCUCAAGGUCUUCUACAACCAAAUUUGUCACUAAAGGCAUCUAUCGAGGGGCCUUAUGGGCAUGAGUCACCAUAUCACUUGACGUAUGAAAACCUCAUUUUAGUUGCUGGUGGCAUUGGGAUUUCACCGUUCUUGGCAAUCUUAAGUGACAUUUUACAUCGUCUCAGGGAAUCAAAACCGUGCAUGCCUAGAAAUAUAUUAAUAGUUUGGGCUGUCAAAAACUCCGAUGAGCUUCCACUUCUUCAUUCACUAGACAUGAACUCAUUGUGCCCGUAUUUCUACAACAUACUAAAUCUUGAGAUUCAAACAUAUGUCACUCGAGAAUCAGAACCCCCAUUGGAAGAGGGAAACAUACCAAAGUAUGUGAGCUCAUCAGUCUUCCCUGCUCCCACCCAAGGUGGCAUGUCUAGUUUGGUUGGAACAGGAAAUAUCUUAUGGGCUGGGUCUUAUAUGGUACUAUCUACAAUCGGUUUGGUGGUUUUGUACGCAUUGUUAAUCAUAUUUUACAUCAAUCCAUACAACGUAACGACGUGGUGGUACAAAGGGAUCCUAUUUAUCGUAUGCAUGGCAGCAAGUAUUGUUAUAUUUGGUGGUUUUGUGAUUGGUUUAUGGCAUCUUUGGGAUUUGAAAACCGCGAAGAACAUGGAUGAUGAAAACAGAAUCAGUGGCUUGAAGCAUGAUGAACCUAAUGCAGUCAAGAACCCAUCACAGGAUGAUUUUGUCAAUAUCAUAACAUAUGGUCAAAGACCAAACUUCAAAGAAAUAUUUGGAAGCAUGGCAGAGCGAUGGGGAAAUGUAGAUAUCGGGGUGAUGGUUUGCGGACCUACAGCGCUUCAAACAAGCAUUGCUAAAGAGUGCAGAUCGAAGAAUUUCGGUAGGAUAGGCAAUGAGCCUAUCUUCCAUUUCAACAGCCAUAGCUUUGAUCUGUAGGUGCAUAACCAAAAUGCUUGCUAUAUAUAUGUCUUAAUUUUGGACCGGCUUGGCUGAUAUUAACCAAAUUUUAGAGCACUAUGUCUAUAACAUAAUUGCUCUGAACUUGGCUGUAUGUACAUAUAAAAGGGUAUAUAAAAGGGAGAAGUGGGAUAGUAGAAGGAACUGGAUCCAUGACUAGUAUGGUAUUAUGAAUGGUUGUUUGUUUCUUAUGGAAAAAAACUUAUAAGUGGAUGCAAAUAUAUAAUAAACAUGUUAUUAUAUAAUCUGUCCUUUGUUAUUCAUUUUCAA